ACAGACCAGCAAGGACACCAAGAGGAAAGUACGGAGAAAUUUCCGUACUCUGGUCGAUAAUUGUAGAAUCCAAUGGACGGGAUUUCUCUUUUUGGUUGUCUCCCAGCUUCUUUAUGAACUGAACGAGUACCCCUAGUACAGCCUACGAAGUCUCGCUAUCGACAUGCUUUGCCAUUACCUCCACGAAUGCAAUUGAGUCCUGUAUAGUACAACAACCAUGUCGAAACCCCUCAAUUCGUACCCGAUUUCUUCGAAGUCCCGCACGAAAUUGGACGCCUUCCGAUAUGACGACAAUGCAGAGCAAAGUCCUGAGAGGUCGCCUUCCAAGUCGCCAGCCAAGUCGCCAUCGAAAUCAGACCAUGCAACCAAGGAGAACCAAGCGUCGUGGCUAAAUGAUGUGGUGGAACAAGAGGAGCCGCGGCCCGGCAAAGAACAACCUUCGAGCCAAACUGCAGAAACCAAGCAAGUUAAAGAGUGCCCCCAGACUCCCGUGAACAGGCUCCCUUUGGCAGAUUUAAUUGGCAAUGCGGAAGAUGCCAUCAGCCAGGCUCCAGGACAAGAAUUUACUCCCGAAGAUCAUGUUAUUUGGCAGCAUGUCCCUACGAGUUCCAAUUCAGGCUCGGUGUCUCGAUCGUCACGAGGCAAGAAGCGUCGUCACAGUUCAACCCCGAGCAGUUCUCCUCUGGCAGACAAUUCGAAGUACGCGAAUCAAGAACCCGUCGACAUGCAAUCCGCCCAAGCAUUGCUCAAAACGCCACAGAAUGAUUUGGCCACUGAUCUAUGGAACAAUUACGUCGGGAAAGGUGUUCUGAACGGCAACGGUGACCUCCCUCCGCCCCGCCUGCAAAAUCUCCUGUCAUCAUCCCCCCAAACUCCGGCAUCAGCCAAGAAAGGUCGAGAUUCAUCAGGUUUGAGACGUGCCAUCAGCUGUAAUGUCGAUUGGCCAACAUCGAAAGCCAAGCGGAGAAGAGUGGAUGGAGAUGGCUCGAGAACCGGCCGCAACAUAUUCUCUCGAUCUAGAAGCAACGUUGUCGAUUCGGGAAGUGCGAAGACUACAAGCCUCAGGUCUCUCGUCGAAAAGAUGGAAAGUCUUCACAAAGCCCCAGCUGUUCCUGCAGAUCCACACAGCUUGUCACCUGUGCCUGUGCGCGCGAAUAUACAACAACGGAACCGAUCGAUAUCCCCGACUGAAGAUAAAACGGCCUUGGAAGUUUCUGGAAGGGCAGAUAUGACAAACGCUCUUGGGCCAGAUUCUCGAGAGUUGCGAGAGACGACUCCCCAAGGGUCUUCAUCUGAAUUUGAGGAUGACGACUUAGAUAUGGAUCUCCUUGAAUUCGUGGAUACCACCUUGGAUUCAUUCACGGAGCCAACGCAGUCACGCAGUACUGUGCAGUCAGUAAAACCUGUAUUCACAAAGAAGCCUGUCUCAAAGGAACCCCAGAGUUACGACCACAGCAUGGAGACAAUGCCUCAGGGUACCAGUGUGGGCAUGAACAAUAAAAAUGCUACCAAUGAUAUUGAUGAAUUCGAUGACGAUGACGAGCUACCAGAAAAUAUACACAUGGUCCUAGAUGGAUGUGGUAAAGCGCCUGUUUCUGCCAAGCCAGAAUCCUCUCAGCACGCGGCUUCGACAAACCCACCCAAAGAAAUUGAGAAACCAGAUUUAUCCUCUGGUGAUGAAUUCGACGAUGAAGAUUUCGAUUUUGAGGCCAUCGAACAGUCGAUGAGGCAUCCAGGUGAUGAUGGACGAAGUCAUAACAUCAGAAGUCGACAGGCUAUCAAACGCUAUUUGAUCGUGGAUACUGCAGAGGAUACGUACACCACGCAGAAAGGACGCAUUCAGCCAGAGCAGAUACUUUUGGUCCAGGAUGAGAAGUCCAAACUUAGGAAAGUGGUCAUUCUGCGUGAAUCCUGGCUCGAUAGUCCCUGCAGCAAGGAUUCGUAUAUCCACUUAAUCGGCGAGUUCGAUGCACAAGGGCAUUGUAUCGUGGAUGAUGCUCAAAACAUGAUCGUUCUGCAUCCGGACCACUUGAUCUCAGCAACUGUCGUCUCGGACUCUACCAGCUGCCAACGACGAGCCGUACUUCAGGACCGCAUCAAAUAUUCCGGCGACAUUGGAAAGCCGCAAGUUUUUGGAAACGUUUUCCAUGAAAUUUUCCAAGAGGCCAUGAAGACAAACAAGUGGGAUUUGAGCUCGUUAAAGAGCUUGACUACCAGCGUCCUGACCAAACACGUCGAAGACCUAUAUAUAAUCCAAAUGACUAUGGCCCAAGCAGUUGAAUAUGUGAUGGGGAGAAUCCCGGCUUUGAGAUCUUGGGCAGAAACCUUUCUCAGAGUCAAACCCACGAACGAAUCCGUUGUCGAAGAUCGGAAUAGUUCUAAAAUGCUUUUGAGUAUCAACAAACUCCUCGAAGUUGAAGAACAUAUAUGGUCUCCGAUGUACGGGCUCAAAGGCAAUGUCGACGCGACAGUGCAAGUUGCCUGUAACGACGGGGAGGGUGACAAAAACCUUGUCAUUCCACUUGAACUCAAGACAGGAAAUAGAGAUACAAAUCACGCUCAUAGGGCUCAGACUGCCCUUUAUACUUUGUUACUCUCGGAUCGAUAUGAUGUGGACGUGAACUUUGGGCUACUCUACUACCUCGAAAUGUCGAAGAUCUUUCGUAUACGUGGUAUCCGACAUGAGCUCCUACAAAUGAUCCAGGAACGCAAUCGCCUAGCUGGAUAUGUGCGCCAAAGACUCCAACUUCCGCCAAUGGUGAAAAGACCAGGGAUGUGUAAUAAGUGCUACGCAAAGACACCUUGUUUGAUCUAUCACAAGUUGGCGGAUGAUGGGAAUGGCGAUUCCAGUGGACUGGGUGAUGACUUUGACAAGGACACGGACCAUUUGACUCCCCAGCACCAAGUGUUCUUCAAGAAAUGGGACCAGCUUCUGACGAAGGAGGAGCAAAAUAUGAUGAAAUUCCGACGCGAGCUCUGGACUCUGCUGAGUAGUGAGAGAGAAGCUCUUGGGCGCUGCUUCGGCAAUGUCGUUAUUGAACCAGGAUCAUCUUCAGAUGACAAUGACGAUGUCAAGAUAAAUCGGUAUCGGUACACGUUUAUCAAAAAGCAAGCGUCUCCGUCGUUCUCUUUUACCGAGUCCCAGCUUACUUUGGGGGAGCCGAUUGUGGUAUCCGAUGAGAAAGGCCAUUUCGCCCUCGCGAAUGGAUACGUGGUUCAAGUCAGUCCCAAGCGUAUCACAGUUGCAGUGGACCGGAGGCUGCACAACGCCAGGACAAAAACGUCAGGCUUUGAUCCCAAGUGGAACCAGUCAUUCAAGGGUGUCAUGGAGAUUCUUGACAAUGGAGCCUCUGCGACUACUGCUCAGUCGGAUGACUCCGAAGAAGAGAUGGUAUAUCGGCUCGACAAGGAUGAGUUCAGCAACGGAAUGGCGAUUGUUCGAAGUAAUAUCGUCGCCAUGAUGGAGAGGGAUUUGUUCCAUGCUAAACAAUUGAGGAGGCUAAUAGUGGAUGGCGAGCCUCCUGUGUUUAGGCCCACGCCAUCUCACAAGAUGCUAGACGCUGGACUAUGCACUGGUUCUUGGAAUGCCGGGGACGGGAAAGACAACCACGAUCGCACACAUUAUUCGAGCAUUGGUGUCUCAAGGGAAAAGCGUCCUCUUGACUUCCUAUACUCAUACCGCAGUUGAUAACAUUCUGCUUAAGAUCCGUGACGAGAACGUUCGGAUUCUACGCAUUGGGGCUACUGCUAAGGUCCAUCCUGAAGUCCAGCAGUUUGUAGACUUAGCCGCAACCCCUAAAAGCUCCGUCGAAGAGGUGCAGGCAAGAUAUGAGAAUUCGCAAAUCGUUGCGACAACCUGCCUGGGAGUCAAUCAUAGUAUAUUCGGUCGACGAAUAUUCGACUAUUGUAUUGUCGAUGAGGCUUCACAGAUUACUCUUCCCGUUUGCUUAGGGCCUAUUCGGAUGGCGAGAACCUUCAUUCUUGUUGGCGAUCAUUUCCAAUUGCC